AUGCACAGACAACGGCGUCACGUUCACAGAUAAAUGAUGCUGUGUGUAAAGCCAAAGAGGUGGUGGAGGCCUUCCCAAGGUCCAUUUGGGGCCAGGAAAAGAAUGCACCGCGGCAUGGAUAAGGACUACCAGAUCUCCGCACGGAAGAUGGGAACGUCCUUGCUCUUCCAGCUGUCUGCUCACGAUAGGGAGCUGGACUUGGUGUGUCUGGAUCACAGCUAUGCCAAACCGUGGAAUGCUCACCCGGAUGCUAGCAGCGCGCGGCCUACAAGAACACUGUUUGUCACUCCUCGACGCCAGCCUGAAGUCUCACAAGAAUCAGAGUCUUUAAUCGAUGUGGAAACAGUCACACCCACACCAGUUCCCCUGUAUGACAACCACAAAGCUCAGAGUGUGAUGAAGGAAUGCGAGCGGCAUGUCCUGUUUGCUCGCACUGUUGCAGACAGUCCCCCUACUCCUGAUGAUUGGGAGGAACAUAUAAACAAGACUAUGUGGUCCAGCGCGCAGACUAAACUCUUCAACAAAGUCCUGAAAGCACUUCAGGCGGAAAGAUUAGCCCGCUUGGCCAAUGAAAAUACAUCGAAUGAGCCAAUAUUGCGCAGGAUUGCAGUAGACAAAUGUGCCAGAAAGGUGCGGCACGCCUUAGCUAGUGUGAACUGGGAAACCAAGCUGACGCAGUGGUUGCACACUACUCUGAUUGAAUCGCUGAGUCUUGCCAUGCUUGCUGCCUACUUGGAUGUUUUGCAGACUCUUAAAAGCAAGUUGCCAUCGCUGAUCGACAGGAUGUUGCUUCCUGCAGCGAAGACAGGUUCUCCAAGUGCUGAGGCCCUCUCGCUGCUUCUGAAGCGACCGUGGGACCCAGCUGUUGGAGUUCUGUCACAAAACAAACCGAGCAAGCUUCCUGGAUCGCCUCUCAUCCUAAUAGCACCAUCAAGCCCGACGAAUCCAGCCAUGUCGACAUCACGAAGGAUGAGAUUCUGGCAGUCGCAGCUCUCCUGUUUCGGCAAGGUCAUCCCAAUACACACUCAUAUCAGCAGUGGCGCCAAUAUCGGAAUAACACAGUGUCUGGAGCACAUGCUGGGAACAGUUCGAGCAAAGGUCAUUGAGGUUCACAGGCACUUCCCUCGGAAACCCAUCAUCUUGGUUGGUUGGAAUACUGGCGCUCUCAUAGCUUGUCAUGUUUCCUUAAUGGAGUACCUGACGGCUGUCGUUUGUCUGGGCUUCCCUUUACUUACAAUCAAUGGUCCAAGAGGGGAUGUUGAUGACCCGCUGCUAGACAUGAAGACCCCAGUAUUGUUCGUUGUUGGUCAGAAUGCGCUGCAGUGUAGUAUUGAAGGAAUGGAAGAAUUCCGAGAGAAACUGAGAACUGAUAAUAGCAUGGUGGUGGUGGGCGGAGCUGACGAUAACAUCAGAAUCAAUUCUGCAAAAAUGAAGUCAGAGGGACUGACACAGACGAUGGUUGACCGUUGCAUUCAGGAUGAGAUUGCUGACUUCUUGUCUGGUGUCCUCACACGGGCCGAUAGCCACAGCCAUGGUUCAGGAGAGACAAGGGACAUAGACACAGAGAAGAAAAGGAGGCCGCGACGGGAGCUCCCCUUUGACAUGGAACGAGGACGGCCUUCCUCUCCUGCACUUAGACACCCCAUCUCACCAUCAGGCUCAGAGGAUUUGUCCAGUGUCUGCAGUAGCCCCACUUCAAGUCCUAAACCCAAGACGGGUCUGUCUCCAGCGCAGAAGUCCAGUCUGAUUACAGCCACACAACUCUUAAAGACCCACAUGCAACGCUCCGGCACAGUGCUUUCACACAAGCAGGCGCAAGCUCAGUUCGCAGCUUUUAUGAAACAAAACAUGCUUGUGAGGAAAAACCUUCCUCCUGGUACUCCUCCAUGUAUUUUUGUAACAAGUGAUCAGAUGGAGUCCUUGGACAGAGAUGAACUGAGGGCUCGUGGCAAGAGGCGGCUAACCCCAAGUCCCACCCCAGGAAAAGCCUCAAAACGGGCCAAGAUCAAGGUCACAAUUGUUUCCCAAAAUGAGUCCACGGGGGCUGCCAUCAACCCAGCUGCACACCAGGUGGGUGUUUCUGGAAAGCCUUUGGCAAUAACAAUGGGACAGACUGUGGCCGGGGCCAUGGAGCUCUCCGGACUUCUCACAGGCCAGCGGUCUGGUAGUCUCUCAGAGGUGUCUGGUGCCCUGUCCCCAGGCUCCAGCUCCUUCAGCAACGUGCAGCCUUGCAUGGUGUCAGGGUCGUCCGCACCAAUCCAGGUGCAAGCGCCGGCUACUGCCCAAGCUCCUUCCGCCAGCAGUCUUUUACAAGGCCUAAGUUUCAGUCUUCAGGAGAUCGGCACCAAGGCACCUAGCUUGCCCUCAGCGGAAGCCUCCUCUGGAAGCCCACAGGCAUUCUGCGGCAAGCCGCAGGGUCAAGUCCUGAGCGCGGUCUCCAGCACUAGCAGCAGCAGCAACAGUACUCUGCUUCGCGCAUUGCCUGUGGUCACUGCGGGGGGUGUGGCCAAGACAAACGCUAUCCACCAGCUGCUCACAAAUGGCGGACUGGCCAAACUCGCCAGCAGUUUGCCAGGCUUGGCCCACAUCACCAACCAGACCGCCGGGCAGAAAGCCCCCACAUCCAUAACAGUGAUGCUUCGGGGAGCGCAGCCUGCAAGCAGAGCGGCAUCACUUAGCCAAACUGGCGAUGUGACGCCAGCUCAGAACACUGAGUAA